AUGUCCAGCUCUAGUCUGAAGUCCUCGCAGAGGGCGAGCAUCUCGCCCUUCCGAUCUCGGAAACCGGUGUCGUUGGCGGUCGCCGCUUCUUCAGGCAGUAAGCCAGCAGCUCGUCCGACCACCCCCUCUUCGGUUUCUUCAUCGUCGGCGCGGCCCACGACGCCGUCGUUCCUGUCGGGGCGUCCCACAACUCCCCUCUCGGUGUCUCGACCUACGCAUCCCGUGAGGCCUUCUCCCGUAUCGCCGGUCGUCCCUUCCCCUUCCGAACGAUUGGAGCCUCCCAAGGCCAAGGAGAAUGUCACAGUCACAGUAAGAUUCCGUCCUCUGAGGUAUGAUCUCUCCAUCCCUUUCUGUUUUUCAAAUUUGAUUCUGCUCAUUCAAUUUGUUUUCAAUUUUCUCAUUGCUUUCAUCUCUAUGUGGAUUGUGCAGUGCAAGAGAGAUCAAUAAGGGUGACGAGAUCGCAUGGUAUGCUGAUGGCGACUACACUGUCCGAAACGAAUAUAAUGCGUCAAUUGGCUACAGUUUUGGUCGGUAUUUAAUUGGAGCACUUUGGAUAUUCCUUCUUACUUACUUCAUUACGAGACUUGUUCUUUUACUCGGUCUACCUCACAAGGUGGAAAGAGUAAAAGUAAAAUAAAAUGUGAUGCCCGACCUGCCUUCCGUGCGUUAUACAUCAUACUAUUGUGGCCGGAGGGUUCAUCAUAAAUUAAGUGGUUGAUACCUUUAAGGUGAACCUCCUUGAUUUUACCUAAUUUUGUCAAUGUGGGGAACUCAGGAACGAUGCUUGGGUAUAAAAAUGUUACAUGAAAUCUCCCCAGUUAAUAUGUCAUCUUUGGAACAUGAUUACACUUGGAAAAACUGCUGCUACUGUGUCACUUUCCUUAGUGUCCAUUAACCAGUUCCUAUCUUUCUCUCUGACAGAACAUAACGUCAAGUUCGUAAGCUACCUAGGUGGGUGGUAAUCGUCUAGAUCUUGAUCAGAUUUGAAGUGUAAAACUACAUCAAUAGUUUGUUUGUCAACAUGCUAAACAUAGAUUGUGAACCAAAAAGUUAAGGAUCAAAUCCGAUAGAAAUCGAAUAUUAAGAGAAAAAGCAUAGACGUCCCGUGAAUUUUUUUCUCUAUGAGUUUAAAAGUUGGUUAUGCUGAAACACGAUGACAAUAGGUGUGUAUGUCCCGUCAUGCAAGGUCCUUACAGUGGCCGUACAAGUAGAGGAUAUAAGAUUCUCUUUCAGGUGAGGUGGCAACCUUCUCACGCACAUCACGAAUAAAGUUAUAUGGUAUCCGCAUUUUUUUGGUACUUAAGGACCAUAUAAAUUGACUUGUAAAAAUUUUAAUCGCUGAUCCCCAUUCCAAAAUAUACAGUCAAAUAAAGAUGCAAACAGAUCAUGUGACAUCGCAGUAUGAUCAUUUUUCUAAUAAUGAUGAAAUGGACUGAAAUGUACCUCAAAAAUCAUUAAUACAUCAAGUGGUCUGUUCGCGGUUACAAAUCAAUUGGAAUAGAACUGUGAGGAUGCGAUUAUAAUAUUGAGGCAUUAGAUAAACUCUCCAUAGAAAUUUCCAAGUGACUCGAGCUGUCUCCUUCUGAUGGGGCCAUGAUGCUUGGUAGCACAGAGGAAUUUUACUGAAUUGGGACUCGGUAAAGAGCACUGCAAUGGGAUUGGAUAGACCUAGAAUACGUGCUGUGGGUUCUCAUUGGAGUCAAAACUCAAAAACCGGGUGAACAAACUCAAGCCUUGGUUAAUCAAGCCACACACUUGUUUCGUGUGAAUGCCAACUGCAUUGCUUAUGGCUAAUCGAUUCGAAUGAAAAAAAAAAGGAAGCAUAUUGAGACACUGAAAAUCUGAAGUAUGAGGAAAGUGUGGAUUUCUGUAGAUGGCUGAUAACUCAAUAUUGCCUUUCACCGAGAGAGCUUUGCUUUAAUAGAUUUAAGCAUGUAAAUUUUGUCACUAGGUUGCUUUCUUCUCCUGUAAAUUCUAAAUUUCCUUCCUAUUUCUCUUUUAGCGAGUGUGCUCUUUUAUUAGAAAAGAGUGAUGCAUACAUAAUCAGUAAAAAAGCAUUCUGAUUCAGGAUCAUGCUCCAACCUAACCAAAUUCUGUAUUACUGAUUCCAAAAAGCAAUUUUAAUCCAUUAGGAAACGAAAUAUAAAUUUUUUCAUAUCAAAUUGUGGUCUGAUUUUUAUUCUGAAUGAUAUCAGCUUCUUCACAACCUAAUAUUAGGGUUUAAUGUGGGCUGCCCUUUUACAAAUGGAUAUAUAUUUCUAUAACGCUCUAUUUUAAAUCUUUUUUGAAGUGAGAUUGCGCUCUUUACAGAUUAUUUGACAUGAAUAAUUUCCUCUAUGGUAUGGCCUUGGUGACAAAACUCGGAUUUACUGGAUGUUUCGCAGUUUGGAGAGGUGUUCAGAUUAGGGGAAGAGGGCUCAGUUCCUGAUGGAUGAUGGCGGAAGCAUGAUAACCCUGCAGCCGAUUUGAUGGGGAAAGAUUCAUUCUAUUUUUGACAGGUUCAGGGAUCAUCUAGGAGAAUUUAAUGAGGAAGUCUAAAUGCUUGAUAAACCUUGAUAUUUAGGACUAUAUUCACCUCCCUAGUUGUAAUAGAUAGGGAAAUUUGGAGAGUGAUGCUAUAGCUUUGCACCCCCAAUUUUUUGUUUUAGUUUACUAUGAAUUGAUGGUACAAUAUACACAGGUUCAGGUUUCUGGUUGGAAAAUUGUAGGAAAUUAGCUUGAUACUUUCAGAAAGUGUGGCCGUUUGGUAUUAUUUCCAACAGUCAGAUUGUUGCAGAUAUGUGAGAUUUCGUUCUCAUGAUUGUAUGGUUUAUAUGCCACAUUUAGUUAUAUGUUUUAAAAUUGUUGUCACUUCAGAUUUUAUGCCAUGCAGCUUGUUUGUCUUGUAAACUCAUGGCAGCGUCUCACUUCCUGUUUAUUCAUCAACCCGUCAACUCCAUCCAGCGAUAACAAAAAGGUCGCCAUUCUAAGUUGGAGUGGUUACCAAUAUGAUUAUCUCAAUCAAUUAAUCCAGAAAGCCUUUUAUGUAUAGCGCUUUACAUUUUUUGACUCUUAUCUCUGAACACUUUGAUAAAAGAUUGAAUUGGCAUUCACACGAAAGUCUGCUAUCUACAGAUGAUUUCUGUCUACCUUUGUUAUUAGCUGUAUUACAAUGAAGGGAUGAUGAUGGAAUAACAUCAGCGAUUUUUGUGCUUUGCAGAUAGAGUAUUUGGGCCAGCAACAACCACGCGCCAUGUAUAUGAUGUUGCUGCCCAACAUGUUGUGAGUGGUGCAAUGCAAGGAAUUAAUGGUCAGUGCCUUGUACCCUGGUGGGUUUGCUAUUUUUUUCGUUGAAGGUCAUAACUGUUUGUACUUCACACACCUUUAAACAUAAAUUGAAUUUCGAAGAAGGUGGGCUAAACCAUUUCCUUUUUUCCUUUUUGAUAUGAAUUCUAUGUUAUUAUGUUUUGUCGAACUAUUUCUUUCCUAAUUUUGUCUGAAGAUGAUUCGCAUUCUUUUGCAGGGACAGUGUUCGCCUAUGGCGUCACUAGUAGCGGAAAAACACAUACAAUGCAUGUAAGUACCGAAUAAUUGACAUUCAGUAUGGUUUGAUUACUUCCUGACCAGCGAAUUCAUCCUUAAAUCUUUUGUAGCUUUGGAUGGUGUUCAGGAAGAUAGGAAUUGUAAAUAAUGUUCAUAAAACUGACAUCUCAUCUUGUAUGCUCUAUCCAAGAUCAAAUGGGGAUUAUGGUGCCGCUGAAAUGGUUUACUUCUUUUGAUUUCGGGUAAACUUAUAGUUGUGAGCGAUUAGAAUUAGGGAAGAAAUUACGGGAAACAAGUGGUGUCGACUAAUGAAUUCCCACGGGAAAUAGGUUUGGAUGAAUUGGAAAACUUGGAGGAAUAUUUACUGAGAUGGUCAUUACUUCUGUGCAACAAGCUGUCACAAGGCAAAGUUUGCUGACGUUUGGCAAGAAAAAAAUAGCCGUGCGAAUCCACGUGGUUGUGGACAUGUGUCAUUGUUUAGAGUUGUUCUCAGAACCUGCAGAGUGCCCCAUUGAACCUUAAAAGCGACGGAGGUAAAAAAUAUAUCACCAUGUGGGAUAAACCUUGAUUGGAAAAUUUAACUGAUGAAUAUUGCUACAGUACUAAUACUGCAAGUAAUUGCCAGAUAUCGAGUAGGGGGGCAUUGCAUCUUUUUCUCUAUCUGGGAUUUUUAUUAUCCGUGGAGAUGUACAUGUAUUAAGCAUGUAUGAAGCAUGCUGGUGCCACGAGUUGUGCUUCAUUUAUUUUGUGAAUGUGUAUUUUUGAAAGUUGUAAUCAUAUAUAAUGUUUACAUAAUGAAAAAGAGGAUCUAUGAACACGCUUUCUGUGAGCUCUAGAAAAACUGAUCACAAACUUGCUCUGUUGGAUGUCGCGAGUCUUGCCAUUACUGUUUAUACGUUGUUCCCAUUAAAUACGUUGUUGAAUUGGGAGAACUGGAGCGUGAAAUUUCUCAUUUUUGUGUCACAUUGUAGAUCGAUUUGAAUGUCAUUACAGUUUAUUAUAUUAUUGUGUUGCUUGGCACAGGGUGAUCAAAAGUCACCUGGAAUUAUCCCAUUAGCUGUGAAGGAUGUCUUCAGCAUUAUUCAAGAGGUUGGUGAUUUCUGUUCUCAGCAGUAUUCAUGUGCUUCUCAUUCUUCUCCUAAAACAAUAGUCUAUGUUCCUCAGACACCUGGACGGGAAUUUCUGCUUCGUGUAUCUUACCUUGAGAUAUACAAUGAGGUCAGUAACUAAUCAUUUAUGGCUACCUUCAAAUAUACUUUAAUCACCUAGAAAUUGCACAUCCAUUUUGAACCCACUUUCUAAUAUUAAAUGACAGAAAUGUGUCGAGGUCAGUGUUUGGGAUAACGAAGGAAUUUGGGAUAAAUUAAGAAAUUUCGCUUACAUGCUUUCUUUCUCCCAUCUUGUCAUCUCUUCAGGUGAUUAAUGACUUGCUUGAUCCAACUGGCCAAAACCUUAGAAUACGUGAAGAUUCUCAGGUAUGACGUCUAGAUUUUCAUAUCUUUGUAUACCCUCUUUUUGGAUGGCAUAUUUUUUCUUGUUUCCUUAUCUUUCCUUUCACGAGCAGAGUGAAGUUUUCUGAAGGCCGCAUGAAUACAAAGUAUAAUGUGGAGGAAUGUAUUAUUAUAGUUUCUGUUCGACAGUGAAUUGCAUGUUUGUUUUUCGUCUGGGUCAUUUUUUUCCUAUCCUAGCAACGAAGACAUUUUAUCAGCAAUCAGUAGACAUUCUGCACAUUCUAGGAAAAAAAAUCCUUAAUUUUAUCUAGCGUAGUUGGUUCUUCUCUAUGUAUAUCAUUGCUACGUAUUUACUAUAUCUGCUUAUUUUUAGCAAAUACAGAUGGCAUAAUUUAUUACUUUUUAUUCCUGCUGGACAUAAUGCACCGCUCCAUCAUUUUAAAGAUUGCGGACAACCAUGUGACUUUUUGUUACAAACUCAUAUUCCAUGGUUGUUGUUCCUGUGCACGGGACUGUCAUUGUAAAGGUCAUAGAUAGCCUUCUGAUAGUUCCCUUGCAUUGUCUGUCCAUAGCUGUUAAAUAAUUGGGUUAUUCUACUCCAGUUUUUUUGUUGUUGUAAAUUGCAUUAUAUUUUUGUUCCUACUGCUUCUCAUAUCUGUUAUAGAGUUAUUAUUUUUAAGAUGGACUGUACUUAUGCAGGGUACCUAUGUGGAGGGAAUAAAGGAAGAAGUGGUUUUGUCCCCAGCUCAUGCACUUUCUUUGAUAGCAUCUGGGGAGGGUAUGUGAAUUGAGACGCAGUUUGGUGAGACUUGAUUGAAAUAAUUGUCUUGAGACUUAAUUGUCAAAACAAUUGAAUUGUUAGAUUGCAUUUCCCUUCGUUUUUCUUAUAGUUGUCUAAUCCUUAAUGGAAAAAUCUAUGGCAUAUUUUUGUUCAUCACUGUUCUUAUUUUUUAUGAUAAUGUCCUCGUCACACUAUAUAAUGUCCUUCCUGGUUUUAUGUGAUCUACUUUUAUUUAUAUCUAAAAUAUCCACGAAUUUUUUUGUGAACUUUUUCUGUUUCUCGUGGUCGCAGAACACAGGCAUGUGGGCUCAAAUAAUUUUAAUUUGUUAAGCAGUCGAAGCCACACUAUCUUUACUUUGGUAAAUAUUUUCUUCCAUUCUGUCAGAUGUGACUACAUCUUUUCAAUUUUGUUGCAAUUAUUUUUAAUUUCCAUUGUACAUGCAGCCUCUAAGUUGCUUCUUUAAUUUCUUGUGGAAUGCCAGGUCCCUUGUUUCUAAGAAAUCAUUUAUUUACAAACUAGAAAUAUUUAAUUUUCUCUUCUAUUUCUCCUUUCCAUGUUUUGUGCUUUACUUGAAUGGAAACUUUUGCAUACGUUAUAAUUACAUGUUAUACAAAAUGAAUCACUCACAAAGUGGUAGAGAUAAGCUAUUUUCCCUUUUAUGUAUAAUUAUCAAAGGGAACUUCUUUGAUCUUUGGUGUUUCCCAUCAUUAACAAGAGCCCUUAUGUAAGGGUCAGAUUAUCUUUGGAUGUUACUUUGGAUGAGGAACUAGUUUCUGAGCUGGGAUUUUGUGCACAUAGUGUGAUAUUAGAAAUUGAUACCUCUUAAUAACUGCCUGCUUUUAGGGGAAAUUAUUCCGGUUCUCUCUGGUUUAAUUUUAUAGAUCAGCGAUUUGAAUGGCGUUGCAGGUUGAAUAAGCAGUGUAUUUUUCAGUGAUGUGAUUGUUUCUGCCAUGGAUAAUAGAGUAACAUGACUUUGUCCUCCUCGCACAAUAUAUUUUUUAUUCGGAUGAUGAAAUUUUUAUUCCAACGUUGAAAGUCAAACUUUUUUUUAACUCUGUAUUGAAUGUCAUCUUUCCCUUAUUUUGGACUCAUUGAUAACUGCGAUUACGUUUUUAAAUGCAUAACAACAUACCUUCCUGUGCAUUGUACUUUGUUUUUAGAAAUUUCUUUUCUGACGUGGAUAUCUUUGUGGUGAAUCACAUCCAUGUCUCUAUCUCACAUGAUAGGUUUUUUCUGGAAGAUGAAAUCAGCAUACCAGUAUGCGAUUAUUUUUUGUGCGUAUUGUUCAUAAGAUCUUCAUAAAAUUAAAUCGUUGGAAAUUUGAUUUAGUAAUGAAACACAUGAAGAUUUAAUGCUGUGAUUUUUUAAUCUCAAAGAAGCAAAAACUAUAACAAGAAAAAAAAGGCGAAUGUGGUCUUUAGCAUACAAAGUUUUGGUUUGAUGGCAGACAUACACAUGCACGCAAUUCAUCGCAUAAAUUGUGGUUUCUAAAGUUAAUCUAGAUGUAAGGGACAGCUUGAAGAUGGUUAUAUGAAAUUGAGCUAAGAACGCUCAAGGUUUGAGCUGUUUGAAGUUGAUGGUGAAAAAAUGAGUUCUUGCUGGCGUGUUUAAUGAGUAAUUUAUGAUAGUGGCGACAUAUAUACAUUGACGUUUCGAAUAAUUAUUAUUUCAAAAGGAGGUGGCUCUGUAGAAGGGAGUUUGUGGGUGUUGACUUGAAGAAAACUGGUGUGACAGUUGUCAUCUGUGCCUGAGGAAAACUUUCAUGCAUCGAUGAAAAUCGGAUAUCACCAGUUUUGUUGUUGUUGUUGACGAUUUUUUUUUUUUUUUGGGAUAUGCUUUUGUAGAGCUUUCUUUUUCUGAUGGAACCUUAAACAACUUUAUCUCUACGAGAUUAUUUGUUUUUUGAAAAAUGGAAAUUAUACUGUUGGAAAUAUUUUUUCAGACUGUUGAAAGUAGUCCUACGGGAGACAAUGACGAGGAUGAUGAUGUAACCUUGUCACAAUUGGUAAGCACUUAUUAUGUAUUCGCUUGAUUCUUGCUGAUGGUCAAAAGAGAGACAUCUCACUCAGCUUUUUUCUCCAGAACCUAAUAGAUCUAGCAGGUUCUGAAAGCUCCAAAACAGAAACAACUGGAUUGCGUAGAAAAGAAGGUUCAUACAUUAACAAAAGUUUGUUAACUCUUGGAACUGUAAGCAAUCUGUUGCUUCAACUUUUUCGUCAUAUUCUAUACCUGUUACAGAGAUACUGCCAUAGUUUUUUCUGUAUGCUUUUUUUGGUUGAAGAUGUUUGGUAAACUCUGGCAAACGCAUCCCUUUUUCCUUCCACACCUGGACCCAAGUGAAUACUCCAAGUUUAGUGACUUAUACAUCUUCCAGCCGUAUGCAUUUGAACUUGCAGUUCCAAGAACUGUUUUCAUGGCUUCUCUCUGGUGGUGACUUGGCAUCUGAUGUGUCUGGGUAGCCUAGGCAAGUGGUCUCACUUGUUUGUGUGAAUGAUAACCGCAUUAUCAUUUAUGGGAUGGUCUCAGUCACAAAACCAACAUCCGGUUAUGUGCAUGGCCAAAUACUGUUCGUCAGCACCACCAUGUCUCGUGCUACUGUGAAUGACGUCAUGCCUAGUCAUUUGUGCGAUUGGAUGGCUGUUCAUGCUGUCAAGCCAUAUAUAUGAUAUCAUAAUUUUAAUAAAACUGACGUGCUCAUGGCAGUUGGUUCUUAUGCUUUCUUAAAGUAUUAAGUACCUUAUUUUAUUAAAAUUUAAAGUAUUAAAGAAUUAUCUUGAAAUCUAUUUAAAACUACCUGUCAUUUUUUCUUGUCGCUUCAAAGGCAUGCAUGACAGUGUUGAGAAGAAGGCACGUGUUUUUAAUUCUUUUUUUUUUUACAAAAACGUAGAAAACAUCUAUCAAUUUUAUUUUUAUCCACAAGGAAGUUGUUCUAGCUCAGAUCCUUGAACUUGUACUUUUAUGUUCGUGGAUGCUGGAUGCAUCUUUUCUGGUGACAGUGUUGCAGGGAAUAAUCUGUCUUUGUGUUUGCGCGCUCACUUUGCAGCAUUUCUUCCUUGCAGGUAAUCUCUAAGCUCACAGACUGUAAGGCUACACACAUCCCAUACAGAGAUUCAAAGCUCACUCGCUUAUUGCAAUCCUCUCUGAGUGGGCAUGGACGGGUUUCUGUAUGUUUUUUCUUUCAACUUACAUUUUCCAUCUUACUUUCGUAAUUAUUUUGUGAAAUUCAUCAAUUUUUUAAAUGUUUAAACUUUUUCUGAAGUAAUUUGGCGUUUUCUUAUUUGUUCCUUGUUAGCUAAUCUGUACUGUCACACCCGCUUCUAGCAACAGCGAGGAAACACACAACACAUUAAAGUUUGCUUUCCGUAGCAAACAUGUUGAAAUUAAAGCUUUUCAAAAUAAGGUAUCCUUCUUAUACCUGUGAAAAUAUUUUUGUUUAGUUGGUUCAGACAGACAUUCUCUAACCGUCUUCUUCUUUAGAUUAUGGAUGAGAAGUCACUGAUUAAGAAGUAUCAAAAGGAAAUCACUAGCUUAAAGCAGGAACUUCAACAGUUAAAGCGUGGGAUGAUGGAGAAUCCAUUUUUAAUAGCAAAUAAUCAAGAAGAUCUUCUCAAUCUGAAGCUACAGGUGUGUUUCCAUCGAGUCAAUUUUGCUCUUCAAACGAGUCACUCAUUAAACACAAUCAUCAGAAUUUUUUGCAGGUAUAGUUUUGCUGUUGCUAUCCGUUAUGUUGAGUGUGCCUCAAAUACAUCUGCAGGCUAAAAACGAAGAUCUGAUUUAAUAUACGUUUUGGGAAAGGUUGAUUUGGGAAGUUAUGGGGGGUGUGUGGUCGUCAGGGUUACUCAUGCAACCCAUCAUCGAGUCACAAUACUGUACAGAACUGUUGAACUCCCAGUUAGGGAUGUUCUUGGAUGGGAAAAUGACUUAGAAGCACCUAUACAAUUCUGUAUCAGAGAGAUUCUUCUAGAAUGGAGUCCAUGGACCUUGAGGUUGAGGACAGGAUCAAUUCUUCCUUUGUGCUUUUGCUUAUUUCAAUAGUAGAGUAAUUUUGUCUGCUACUGCGGAUGCUGGAGGUGGGUAUCUGAACUACAUAAAAUCAUUCGUGUCACUUCCCUUCCUCUCCUGUUUCUUUUGUUUUGUCCCUCAUGAUUAGUUCUGUGUCCCAUCUGGGAUCCAUCCACAAAUUCUUACAGUAGGCAUCUUUCUGAUACAUAUCCUUCUUAAACGAAGUGGACUACUUAAUGUAGUGGAUGGGCCAUAACUACAAAACUGGGACAACUUGUUGCCCUUCUAUUAAAUAACGUGUUUGUAACUGAUAAAUUUGACCCAAGUUGAAAUGGUUAAACUGAAGAAAUAUUUUUUUACCCUUUUGAGAAAAUAUUAUCGAUAAGAAUUUGUGUAUUCAUAGUGAUGAACUGCUAGUUGUGUACGUGGGAAAAAUUAUGUUUGAAUGUUAAGAAGCUUUCUCAGUCGUUCACACCCUCUUUUAUUGUCCAGUAUGAAUGGGCAAUAUACUCCCAGUGCAAGUUAUGACUAAGGUCUUUUAUAAAUAAUUUCCUUUUGUUUUGUAUCUUUUUUAAUACAAAGCUCGAGGCUGGUCAAGUCAAGUUGCAGUCAAGAUUAGAAGAGGAGGAGCAAGCAAAAGCAGCUUUGAUGGGUAGGAUUCAGCGACUAACAAGGUUAAUACUGGUUUCGACGAAAAGCAUGAUGCCGUCAAAUGUAUCAGAAAAGCCUACUCAUAGACGAAGGCAUUCUUUUGCAGAAGACGAGGUAUGUUAGUUUUCACCUUUCGUUUUAUGCUGCAUGUGGACAAAUAUCUAUGAUGUUUAUAUCAAAUAAUAUGGCUUGAUUGAUUGUUUCAUAGAUUUUGGUUCUUUGAUGAACUGACCUCAUGGUUAUAUCUGAAUAUAUUCUUUUAAUUUUUUUCUACUGGUGCAGCUAGCAUAUUUGCCAGAUAGAAAGCGUGAACAUAUUGAUGAGGAUGAUGAUGAUGGUGAUAGGCUUGACUUGGAGUUCUCAAGAGAUGGAAGAUUUGACGCCACUUGUUUAGAAGACUCCACUAUAUUUGAUAAAAGAAAUAGGAGGCGUGGUAUGCUUGGCUGGCUCAAACUACGGGUCUGUGUGUCUUCUCUCUAUUUCUGUUAAGUAUUGUUUCUUCUUAAUACUCGUUGUCUUGUAUGAGAUUCAAUUUGUGAUUCUAACUUCAUAUCUUGGAAGGUUUAUAAUAUGGUAUCCAAGCAUUUUCCUGGUGAGCAUGUUAAAGCAAUUUUAUAAUGUCUUAUAAACAAUUUUUAUUUUAUUUUAUCAGGUGUAAUAUUCAUUUACCUUUCGUUCCAAAUUGCUAAUAAUGUUCCCUUUUGGUGAUGCAUUCAAGUGUAGGUGUCCUAUCAAUCACGCUAGGUUAAGAAAAUUGUCUAUGAACAUGCUAGACGGACACUAAGACAAACACCCGACUAGAAGACGAUAAUACUCAUCCCAUUGGAAAAUGUUGCCCAAAAUUUACUGCAUUUAUAGUUUCUUGUUGUCUUUGUGCUAUUUAUGUUUUUCUUGAUGUCUGUUUCAUGAGUUCUUAAACUUCUUGUCCUAUGUUUGUUCGAUUCCGUAGGUUUUAGGAAAUAAUCGAUGAUAUUUCAAUGAUCAGUUUGCAAUGUUUGGAAACAGAAAAGAUAAUCAAAAAGAGGAAAAUGAUGUAAGGAGUCUUAUGCUUCUCUACAUAGUUGCACCAUAAGAAAACCAUUAAGCAUUGGGAGUGCCUUGCAGUCCUUUGAAGCUGAUGAAAUUACACAAGCCUUUCCUUAGUCUUCUUUAAUACGCUGUGAUUAUCAUACAAUACUUGUCCUUAUCAGACAUCUUAUCAUCGUAACUUUUUAAACGAUGGUAGAUACGUUUUGAAGAACUUGCCUGGUUCGAAUCUUUUGUUCGAGUAAAUAUCAUGCCGACGAAGUUCUUUGAUGCAGAGACCUGAUCAUAUAUCUGGACUAUCUGCUGUGACCGACAAUGAAAGCUCAGGAAGUGGGUCCCCAUCUUGCUCAAAUUCAUCGCAACAAAAGCUCUCUUUAUCUGACUUCAAGGAUGGGCGAAGAAAAUCAAUAAGUAAGAAGUGUGAUGAUCCUUCAGUUGUUGACUUCAUUCCAGAAAGAACACAGGCAGGUGAUCUAUUCUAUGCAACAACCAGAGGACGUCGUCCACCGCCGGUAAGGGAUUUCAGAAACAUAAACUUAUACCCUGUACGGUUCAUACAACAAAACUACACUCCAUUUAUAUAACACAAACAAGUUUCACGUUACUUUCUGUUGCCUCUUUCCUGAGUAUUCGUGGGAGUGUGGUUAAUCUUGUCUGCAUUAGUUUUUAGUUAAGAUCUUUGCAGUUGGAGUCAGAGCCUUUAUACCAGGGGAAAGCUGAGAUAUAUGCCUCCAGCCUUGUAAUGAAUGUAUCUCACCAUCUUUAGCUCCUCACUAGUUGCAUAUGACUUUGCAUGCCAUUCCUUUUGAUGAUUCUCGUCAAUGGGCGAUAAAUAGAAUACCAACGACCCUGUAGUGUGCUGAUGUGCUUUCCCGUUGAAGUCUAUGUUGGUUUCUGAGAACCUUAUCAUGCAUUUGUCCUAGUGAAGGGAGGGAUCGUGCUUAAUAUUUGACUCCUUUAUAUUUGAAAGUCACGAUUCAUACCUGCUAGAUACUCUGCCGUAUGUUCGUAUCUUUGAAUUAGUUUUUAUUGGCGUCUGUUUGGUUAUGCCAAUGCGUGAUUGAGAUAGUCUAGUGAAAUUCUUAAUUUAUCGGUGAGUUUACUCAGGUCUAAUAUACAGCUAUGGUUCUGACGAUCAUACUCUUCUCACUUUCACAAAUGAUCUUGAUUUGGCGACAUGUUCUUCGUAUUCAUAAACUGCUAUAGAACUCUAUACAUUUAAGACUCGCGUAUCUAUGUAUACAGACGGGUACAACUAUUACAGAUCAAAUGGAUCUGAUGCAAGAGCAGGUCAAAAUGUUAGCUGGAGAGGUAGCACUUUGUACCAGCUCUUUGAAACGGUUGUCAGAGCAAGCAGUGAAGAAUCCCGAGGAUUCUCAGAUUCAGGUAUGGCAUUAACUUUAACAUUCUGUCAUCUGGGUUCACUGUGUCAUUUACUCAAUAUGGAAUACUUUCUUGGAUCCCCAUUAGGAACACAUGCGAAAAUUAAAAGACGAAAUCAGAGAAAAGAAGUUGCAAAUGCGUGUUCUUGAGCAGCGGAUGUUUGGAUCAUUUGAAUCUAGUCCACAUUCAUUAAAUAAUCAUGAGAUGUCCCAGGUAAAGAUUUUGCGUGAUUAGAAACAAACACGAGUGUGCCAUUUAGGAUCUUAAUGCUCCAGUCUUGUAUGUGUUGCGUUUUCUUUCCCAGGCCCUUUCAAAAAUGGCGACUCAGUUGAACGAGAAGACUUUCGAACUUGAGGUUUGAUGGCUAUAUAUAUGUAUUUCGGCAUUCAUUCAUUUUUUUUUGUAUAUUCAUCUCUAACAACUUGAUAUUUUAAUUUCCUGUGAUUCCUACUGAAGAUCAUGUCAGCCGACAAUAGAAUUCUACAAGAUCAGUUACAGAUGAAGGUGAUUCAUUACUAUAAAUUUGAAUUUCCUCUUGUUUUACGGCCGAAUGCGUAUCUUACAGUAUUUUUUUCAAUUGAAUCAGAUAUCUGAGAACGCAGAGAUUCAAGAAACUGUUCUGAUGUUAAGGCAGCAACUCAAUUCACUGUUGGACAAAAGUUCUGACAAUCAAAAUCAGACGGCAGAGAGUGAGGUGUACAGCCUUGGGAACUUUUCUGCAGAGUCCUCUAAGGCAAACGUUGGAUGGGAUGAAACAUCGCUUGAGGAAACAAAUAUGGAUGAAAACACGCCUAAGAGUACUCUGAGCUUGUCUGGUAAAUUCCUACGAGAAGAUUUUAGAGGGAGCAAUUGCGAUACUUCUCUGAAAUCUCAAGUUCUAAUUCAGGUAUUCUCUUUGAUUAGUGUUUUUACUCUUGCUUGAAAGAGUUUUUUUUUUGUUUUGUUUUAAAACUCUUGUACCCUUGGUGUCUCUCGAUUCCGGUACAGUCUUCAUGCCAAUUUCAUGUUUUCCAUUCAGGCUUCUGAGAUAGAGAAUCUUAUGCAAGAGAAGGUUAGGCUGGCAGAAGAGAAAGAUGGGCUCGAGAUCCAAAGUCAAAAGCUUGCUGAAGAAGCUUCUUAUGCUAAGGAAUUAGCUUCAGCUGCUGCUGUUGAGCUUAGAAAUUUGGCUGAGGAAGUGACAAAACUGUCGUACCAAAAUGCAAAAUUGACCUCCGACUUAGUGGCAGCAAAGGAAGCUGCUUCUGUCAGAAUCAGUUCCCAGAGGAACGGCCUGCUCGAUGCCAAGCAGGAUGCAUGCUUGAAGAAAAGUGAUGGACACUUAGUCGAGGAGCUAGAGAAGGAGCUUCUUUCUAGAUGCCAAAGGGAAGCUUCUCUGGAGGCUGCUCUGUCUGUCAGAGACAAAAGAGAAGCUGACCUCCUGAAGAGAAUUGAAGAGGGAAAAAGGCGUGAAGAGAAUUUAGAAAAUGAGCUGGCAAAUAUGUGGGUGCUCAUUGCGAAGCUGAACAAAUCAGAAGUGAGUUCAGUCAAAUCUUUAUACAAUGGGGAUGUUAGUUCCGAGCUCCCUCCGAAAUUCCUGAACGGGUUUCACUCUGGUAAUCUUCGUCCUGGUACAAAGUUGAAGGAAGACAAGUUGGUGAAUGGAGCUGUCGGUGUUGCGGAACCUUUAGAAGAAGUAAAAGCUGCUUAUGAAAGUGAGAAAAGAAAGAGGAAGGAACUGGAAGGUGUUUUGUCUAGACUGAAGGUACGCUGAAACGGUUUACCCUCGUAGAACAGAAGUGUAUUAUAUUUACUUUAUUUCGUUUCACAUGACGAUGUUUUCCUUUUAUUCUCCCACUUUUGGUACAUUUACUUUCACAUCUCGACACCAUUUGAAUCCACGAACCCAUCACUUUAUUUUAUGCUCUGUUUCCUUCGGGUUUAGCAACAGGGUUUGGUCGUAUGUUGCCGAUUUCCAGCUUAUAAUGCUUUCCUUGAUUGGUUUUGAAUUCAAAUUUCAUAUACUCAGAGCGAAGAUCUCGCUGGAUUAGACGUUGCCAUGCUUGAAGAACUGCAGAGUUUUCACGUGGAGGCCUUGUCAAAAAUCUGCCAAGAAAAGGUGACCACCCUUUCCUUAUUAGCUCUGUCCUCCUACCAUGUCUCAGAUCCUGUUAUAUUACCUGGCUGGGUCUCUUCCUUGCUGUGA